UAUUGUUUCACAAAUUCUAAAUUUCUAGUCUGCUUCAUUUUUUGCUAAACAUCGGUGGGUGACCUGGCGAGUUAUUCAAACUAGUGCUGUCAGCAUCAUCUAGUUAAUCACAAUUUAUUAAGGUGUGAAAUCAAUGCAUGCAUUUUUUCAAUCCUAAUUUAUCGCAUGCUAUUUUGUCCCUUCAGGCUCACCGUAGAUAAUCCUCCUCAGUGUCUCCCUGUAGUCACAGGGAUGUAAAGAACAACAAUGCUGCAUCUUUGAAUGUCUCAUUUCACUUUAAAAUCUUCAGCCCUCAAACAUGACCACUCAGAUGCUGUUCACCUUCAAUCAUCAUUUCUAAAUGAAGAUAUUUGACAUCUUAAGUCUUCCAUGUGUCAAAUACAAAAGACACAUUUGUAAAUCAAGACAGUAGCUGUGAAACAGUUAGGGGUUUGUUUUUGUCAUGUUGAUGCUACUCUCACAAUAACUAAUACCUACACUAACAUGUUUCCUUUAAAGAGAUGGCCAGAGAUGUCCUUGAUUACACUAGAUUCUGGAUUAAUUCAUGGAAAUGUAGCAUAGAUCAAAUGUAAUUUAUUAUGAAGGCAACAGUGGCCUGUUUAAGGUGUUUUAGAUAUCUGGCCUGGACAUAUGAAGUGGAAAAAUGCCCCAAAGAAUUAAUUAUAAUCAUAUAAGCUAAUGUAAAGGCUAAUUCAGUAUAUUUGUCUAACUAAGAAAUUGUUCUAAAUUAUUUUUGUCUUAAUUUAUUUGUUCAUAACUACUGCAGGGUACAAAUAGCUGCUUUGUGAUGACAUCCCCUGCAUCCAGUGUAAAACAUGUUGGAUAAAUACUCCCUUUUUACGUAUCCAAAAUUGUAUAAAUACAGUAUGGAAAAAUCUUAACUAAGUUUCCUGUUCCUCUAUAACUCUUGUGAAACACUGUCAGUGCACGUCUGUAGCUAACUGCUACCUCUAUUAUUGUGCAACAUAUUUAUGUACAUGCUGCAAGAAAUGGUCAUAUCGAGGAAAUUGUUUUACGAUGGUUUGUUGCAAGUGCAUGCUGGGAGAACUUAAAGUCCAAAGUUUUAUCUCUUAGUCAGAGAGAAGAGGUCAGAGUGAGCUAGCGACGACUCUCCAGAUUGUGAUCAAACUUCAGACUCGUUUGGAGGAAGAGGAGAAACAGAGAUGUUACACCUGAGGAGUUCAGGUCUUCUCCUGCUGCUGACUCUGCACUUUGCAGCUGCUGGUUCUCGGACUCAGCGAUGUGACACUCCUGAGGGGAAGUGUGACUUUGUGUGUGAUUGUACUGACUGCAGCGAUGAGCAGGACUGUGGCUACAGAGGAAAGAGGUUUGAGUGUGACUUUGAGGAUGGAGGGAUGUGUGGAUGGACCGACCAGUCCAUCAAUGAAGAAUACAGCUGGGAGCGUCGUCAAAGAGGAGACACUCUGCCUGACAGCGGGCCGUCCUCUGACUACACCACCGGGACAGCUACAGGUUGGUUUAUGGGAGUGAGCGCAGUGAAAUCAGAGUCUCUCAGUACAGCAGUUUUAAUCUCUCCAGAGAUGAAACAGUCGUCACCAACCUGCCGCCUUCGACUCAGAUAUUUCCUGUGGGACUCAGGCCACACAGGUCUGGGCUCCACCCCCCUGUGGGCGUCCGUACAUCGGCAGAACUCUCAGGAGGCUGUAGUGUGGCGUCCUGAGGCCACCAGUGUCCGCGGCUGGAGGGAGGCUACCAUCUUCCUGGGCCGUAUCCCCACAACUUUCCAAAUCCGUCUGAACUCAAAGCGCUCUGAGGGACGAAGAGGAGAUGUGGCAAUAGACCAGCUGGAGUUUUUGGACUGUGCUCUUCCCUCACCGCACACUGGUGAGAGCUGCCCGGCUGGGAUGAUGGAGUGUGAAAAUGAAGGAUGUGUGGAGCAGCAGCAGGUCUGUGAUGGCACCGACAACUGUGGUGACGGGACUGAUGAGAAGAACUGUGGAGAAUACCGGCGCUGUGACUUUGAGGACGACCUGUGUGAUUGGACUCUGACUUCACUGUCUCUUCUGAAAUGGAAAAGAAUGAAUCAGGAAAAUAUCUCCAUGAAUGAUCCUCUGAAGGGACCAGGCAGGGAUCAUUCCAGCAACAGUGCAUCAGGUUACUUUCUGUACGUCACUGUUCCUGAUGUUGGUCUCACAACUGACUGGGCAGCUUUCCAAAGCCCCCGCCUCGAACCCACCAACAGUUCACAUCCAUGCAAAAUGGUGAUGUACACUCACCAGUUUGGGCCGAGGUCCGGCGGUCUGACGGUGCUGGUGGCAGAUGAGAAAAUCUACCCGGUGUGGCAGAGGGGUGGAGCUCUGGGUGAUGUUUGGGUGAAGGCAGAGGUGGAGAUUGUCACCAAUUCCACCUUCCAGAUUCUAUUCAUGGCUGCAAUCAGAGACUUUGAUUACGGAGGCAUCGCUGUUGACAGCAUCGUGUUGUCCCCUGAGUGUCGCCUUUCACCUGUGAAUAACACCUGGGUAAAUGAAUUCCCCAAACCUCCUAAAGACCUGUGUACUACACCGGACGAGAUGUGUGAUUUUCAUCGCGACUGUGCGGGAGCCGAGGACGAGGCCAAAUGUGGGGAUUUCUCUUACCCUGAGGGAAGCUCUGGCUGGACUGACAGCAGCAUCGGGACUCAGGAUUGGCUGCUGCAUGUGAACUCCACAUCAAACGAGGAGUACCUUUAUGUAGCCAAGGCUCCAGGCCAGCAGUUGACCGAGGCCCAGACACGGACCCCUCUCUUGGGCCCCUCCGGCCCCGUCUGCACCCUGAGCUUUGAUUUUGCGGUAACAGGGAAUCCAGAUCACAUCGGUGAGCUGUCCGUCAGAGUGAUCGACAGCUUUCUGGGCAUUCGGCCUAAGCUGUGGGAGUUCAGUGGGAAGACGGGGGUAGGAGAGGAGUCUUGGAAGCAUGUGGAUGUGUCUAUUGGAGCCAGAAAACACCGCUUCCAGCUCGCCUUUGAAGCUCGUGCUGUCAAACUUUGUCCAUGUGCUGAGAUUAAAGUGAAAAACGUUCACUUUGUCGGCUGUUAUGCAGACUAUGUUCCCUCUUUGCCCACAGAACUGUCCUGUAACUUUGAAGAUGGAAUGUGUGGCUGGUUUCAGGACAACAGCGACAGCUUUGACUGGACGAUGCUCGAUGGGAUGGACCACACCAUCGGGAUAGGCAGAAGCCUCAGCGUGGACAUGUGGAGUCCUUCCCUCCGUGGUGCGUUCGGACGCUUGGUUUCAUACACUCAGCUAGCCGGUCCUACAGAUUACUGCCUGUCCUUCUUCUACAAACUCUACGGGCCAAACACAGGUGCUCUGAAUGUGAAGGUGUUAGAUAACCACGGCUAUGAGAGGAUCCUCUGGACCCGCAGCGGGGCGCAUGGAAACACGUGGCAUGAAGCUCACUGCCCCGUACCGCACCAGCUCACAAACUUCAGGCUGAUGUUUGAAGCGGUUCGCUCUGGGUUUGACGGGCGUGUGGCCAUUGACGAUGUGACUUUUUUGAGCGGUCCCUGCACUGCGUCCAGGAUGUGUUCCUUUGAAGGUCAUCAAUGCGGGUACAGUACCUCUGGUAAAGUUCAGUGGCUCCACCGCAGCUGGUACACCACCCUGACUGGACCCGAAACAGAUCACACACUGGAGACUGAACAUGGUUUCUAUAUGAUGGCUAACAGCGGAGCAGACAUCCUGCCUUCUGGAGGUAAAACAGUCCUCAGCUCCCCUGUUCGCAAAGGAACCACCAAGACUGAGUGUGCCCAUUUCUGGUAUCACAUGAAGGGAAAGAACCCUGGCUCUCUGACAUUGUAUAUGAAGCCGGUGGAGGGAGAGAGGGUGAAGAUCUUCUCUGACAGUUCAAACCAGGGAGAUGUCUGGCGCCAUGGUUAUGGCAACAUCACCAGCGACCUUGUGGACUGGCAGCUGGAGUUUGAGGUGGUGGGAGCUGGAGGCAAAGGCACUCACAUUGCAGUCGAUGACAUCUUCCUCUCUGCUCACCCAUGUGAAGAUCGAGGUUCUAAGUGCAGUCUGGAGAGAGGGAUGUGUAGCUGGAGCAACACCCAGAACGUCAAAGUGGACAAACUUGACUGGGAGCUGACGAGUCAGGAGGCAGAGAGGCACUACCCUGUCCCGCCUGCAGACCACACCCUGGGCACAGAGCGAGGUCACUUCCUGUUCCUUUCAAGUAGCAACAGGACAGUGGCCAAUCAAAAUGCUCAGUUGCUGAGCCCUCACCUGCCCCCCACUAAAGGAACCUGUCUGAAAUUCUGGGCCUACAAACCGUACUCAUCGGACAGCGAGCUGGGGGUGUGGAGGCUCUCUGAACGUAAGCUCCAUCAGCUGCUGUUGGUGGGUGAACUGGGGGGGCCGUGGAGACGCUUUGAUGUCAACAUAACGUCUAAAGAGGAAUACCAGAUUGUGUUUGAAGGAGUCAAAGGGAUUUCAGGCAUCGUUGCUCUGGAUGAUAUUGAAUACACUGUCGGAAUCAACUGCGCUAAAAAAGUCACAGAUCCACUGACAACCUCACCGAAGGGAGACAACGCUGGCGGGAUUGCAGCGUCGGUCAUCGUGGUCCUGCUGCUGAUCGCCACGCUGAUCGUCCUGCUGAUUUACUACCUGCGAACCAAACAGCCAGUCAGGGCCGUGAACGGUCCAUUGUCAACAUCGUCCUCAGCUGCUGUUGGUAUCAGUAAUGACUUGUAUGAGUCAGACCUCACACAGAACCAUGUGACCGUGCCACCCACACAAAACCAUCCAAUGGCAGCUGGCUUCAAUAAUGUCCAUGUCUAUGAUGAUGUCAGAGAGAUGGAGGUGGCGUGAGGAAGGAGGAGAGGGAUUCCUGCCACCUGAAGGUGGCUUUGUGAAAUAAAGGGGAUAUCACAGCAGAAGAACUGCUUGUGUCGCCCUGACACGAUACACACACAUACACACACAUGAACACACCCACACACACACUUGAAUAGAACCACACACACAAACAUUACAAGCACAGUCCACAUACUGAAACACUGCUGACGGCCUGCAGCUGCAUCAGAUGCCGUGGGGCCCUGCAGGGUCUCUGCUUUCUGCAUGUGGAUGUUCAGACAGGAGUCAGAAGAAGAAGUUUAACUUUCUGAAAUUGA